AGGGGUGUACGGGAGCCCCAGGAGGAGGAGAAGGGAUUGCUGUUCCCCGGAUAAAGGGGGGGCGUGGGAGUAGUUGGGGGGGUCGGCAUUGUUUUCUGUCUCUUCAAAUUAAGGAAGGGAGUUAUAGGGGCGUACGAUAAUAAGCAAGGUUUCAUCACGAUAAUUAGCAAGGUCCCCCCCCGAAAGAAAUUGUGGUUUCUUUAGGAAAAGGGGGGGCAGAUACUGGAGAAAACUCCGUCAGCCAUUGAAGGGGCAGGGCCAGCAACAGAGCCUACUUUGCAGGGGUGUCAGCAAGUAGUUUGAGGGAGGGGGCGUCUCAAGGAGGAAACAGGCUGUUCCCCCCCCAGUGUUGGGGGCUAUGUUUGCAGGAGGCACAAGACACCCCCCCGAGGGCCUUUGGGGCGGGGCUGGGAGGCGCCCCAUGGGGGGGCCGGUGGGGGGCUGGUGCGACUUCCCCGCCGGGCCACUCCUCCUCCUCCCGCGGAAGCUGCGCGAGGGCUCCCUCCUCCGGCUGGCGGCCUUCUGGCCCCGAGGAGCAGAGGGCGGCGGCCGGGGGCCCAAGCCGAAGGCCUCGGAGGUGCUGAGCCGGCACCUGCUGCAGCGGGGCCUGCCGCCCUGGACCUCCUUCUGCGUCAAGUACAGCGCGGUGCGCAACGACCAGUUCGGGCUCUCCCACUUCAACUGGGAGGUGCAGGGCGCCAACUACCACGUGCUGCGCACCGGCUGCUUCCCCUUCAUCAAGUACCACUGCUCCCGGGCGCCCCGCCGGGACCUGGCCCUGCAGAACUGCGUCUUCACCGCCCUCAAGCUGAUAAACUGCGGUAUCCCAACCUUAUUAUAUGGAAUUGGCUCCUGGUUCCUUGUCAGUGUCACAGAGACUGUUCACACACCUUGCGGCCCAGUCACUGUUUACUUCCUGAAUAAAGAAGAUGAAGGUGCCAUGUACUAAACAGCUGCUCUCAAGAACUGAUGCUGCCAUGGCUUAUUGCAGUGAAAUGCAGACAUGGGUGGAUUGCUGAUUGCAGUCCAUUUGUAUGUAAUACGUGGAAGCUUCAAAAUGUGCCCGUUUUUCCUUCUGUACCAUUUUAGUUUUCUUUGAGUCUGGCAAACACAUGAAGUGUACAAUAGAGUAUGAUGGAUGGGCCGGUGUGGGGAGAACCAUGGGAAUUACUUGAAACUACCUUUGUUCUCAAAAACUGUUUCUAUCUGUGAAUAAUGAAUAUAGUAAUGAAAAUAUACAUUGUUGCUAUUAUUUUUUGCUUGUCCACUGAUCAUGCAUGUGUUUUGUUCAUUUCCAUUCAAGAGAUUGUCGCCCAGCACUAGUAAUGCAAUCCAAAUGUGGCUACAUCAGGAACAGCUGGCUUGAUGCCCACCAGAUGUUCUUGGACUACAACUCCCAUCAGCCCAAGCCAGCAUGGCCAAUGAUCAAGGUUGAUGGGAGUUGUAGUCCAGCACUAUCUGGAGGAUACCACGUUGGCUCCCCAGUGAGUUGACUUUGAUAUUUUUUAAAACAAAAAUGAUAUGCAAAAUGGGAGUUCAGUCCCAUAUAGGUGAACAAAUCCUUUGGGUAAAAAUCCAGAAGUCUGGGGAAAAAAUGUUUUGUCAUUUUCAGUUUGCAUCUGCAGAGUCUUGUGUAUACCAUUAUGGCACUGCUAUUGCUUAAUUGGGUUGUGAUGCUUAAUACUGGCUACAGGCAGACAGGCUGGGUACAAUUCAGUCCAAACUGAGCACUGUUCAGCUCCAGUGAUUUCAGUGUAAGCUUGUGCUUAACUCUCCUAUUGAACUUUUUUUUAAGAAACUUUGGAUCAUGCUUGUGGUUGGAGUUUAAUGUGGAGCUAAUGCAUAACCCUAAAUAAGCACUUUGGUUUUCUUUGAACUAUCUGCAUCUAGUAUUAAUGCUUUGCUGACAAUGAGCUUAGUGUUGCAGCAGGGCAGGAACAGAAAUAUCGUAGAAUUAUUUUCAAAGCAUAAAGAUGCAAUCAGAUUUAUGCACAAGUAUCUCUAAAAAUGUUUUCAUCAGAUUUGAAUUGUGAAUGGGUUCCUAUUUGCUUCUCUUAAAAGCAGCUGUAAAUAAAUCUGUAAUCAAAGAAACACUUACCCAAGUAUAUUUCAUACCAAAGAAUAUUUCUUAUACGGGUUAAAUAAAUAGUUUACACUGCGGAGUAGCUGGUGUGUUACAUUAAGCUUCAUUAAUAAUAAAAGUGACUAUUAGCAUUUUGCUAGAUUGGCGAGAAGUGGGUUUUCUCAGUAAUCGGCCAAAUUAAAUAAAUGCAACUCAUAAGUUUAGAGUCAAAUACUGCUCAUUCAUUGCUCUUUAUUUUGUCAAUAUUCUGCUGUAAAGGUUUGUCUCAACACAAGACUGAUAAAAUGUUUUUUAAUUACCACACUAUAAAUACAGCUUUUCCUUGGAGUGGCCCCUCUGCUAGCUGCAGCUUAUUUGAUUUCUGAUAAUGGAGACUGCUGACUUUGCUUACCUGUUUUUCGAUAAGUGGAGGCAACAUGACUCCUUGUCCAUGCAGCGAUGGGCAUCCCUCCUUGGAGAACCUUUUUGACAAACUACUCUAUUGAUUCUGUACAAUUCAGUGCUGCUUGCAGUAUUAAACAGAGACUUGAUUUCUU